AUGAAGAGAUCCAUGGAGCACUCAAAGUUUUUCUGGAGAAUGUCAUCUGUGAUGUCAUCACCUACACCAAGCAUGCCAAGGGGAAGACCAUCGUCUCUAUAG